GUAAUUCGUAGCGCGUAGUCUGGAGCGAAGAUCAGAAAUUGCAGCUGCAUCUGGGAAAUACAAAUAAAAAUAAACAAAAUGGCGAAAGGUAAAUUUAUGUUGGACCACUGCUGCUGUUGUAUUGAACUUAAGACGGGCUGCUUCAUUUGGGGUUACUUGGAAUUGGCUUGCAUCGUUUAUCAACUAAUAAAAUUCAUCCUCCUAUGUAAAGACAUAAGCCAAGUCAUCGACUUCCUCAAGCAAUUCCUUAAGAUGUCCAUGGAAACCGAGGAAGUGAUAAGAUCCGUGGGCAUCGGUUUACUCAUAUUUGUGUGCAUACUGUACGCUGUCAAGGUGUUCUUUAACAUCGUGUUUCUUCGAGGACUACACAUGAACAUUCGAGCACACGUAGGAGCGUACCUGCUAUACACCUUCGUGUUCAUCAUAGUCAGUUUCAUCACGUGUAUCGUCACUAUAUCCAUGUUGUUAACCAUGGAACAACUGCGUAUACCUGAAUAUGUCACGGGUAUUAUGGUUAUCUUCAUCAUUCUGUUGCAUGUAUUUAUACUUUACCUUUGGAUGGUGAUCAGAAGCCAGUACUGCCUCAUGGAUAUCAAACCCCAGGCUAGUUUAGCUGUAGAAUACAGAAACUAGCCCUGAAGAUGUCAAAAAUUUUUUUUCUACUCCCGAACUGUUAUUCGUCAUUUACAGGGUCGUGUAUAGAUUUUUAAAACCCUACAUAAAUGUCUAUUCCCCAAAG